GGAACAAAGGAUAGUUUCGCUAUUGGUCAAAACAAAACACGGUUCUGUAGCAUGCCAAUAUAACAAUAUAAAUUUGGCUAUGAAAGGAGUGCUUUUACUACUUAAGAAUUGGGUGAGCUUCCGACCUAGCUGCUAAUUAGGAUUCAAUUGGCGAACUCAAACUUUGAAGCUUUACUUUCCCAACAUCAAUACGUUACUUGACUUUUCCUGCGUCUGACCCACGGUCUGACACCAUCGUUCCGGGGAUACCAAGGACCCGCUUGCCCCAUUUUCUUCAAAAUAGUGUUGGCAUAAGUACUUGCUGGUAAUAUUCCGUCUGUCGUGGGGCUUCGAGCCUUCUUCUGCGGAAAUGCUCUGACUCGGGGCGAGAGUAUUAGACGCCUGUGACCGACUGCAAUUGCACUGACCAAGUAGCAAGAACACACUGCCCAUUAGAUCCCGGCUGCAAACCUGGCGAAAAGGGCAGACGUCCGCGCUCAGUCUUUCCCAGCAAUAGCUGCUCGGGAGUAAGCCUUUAGCACGGCCUGCACGCAAGCAUGAGCCUACUGUCUCGUAAAAUAUCGGAGGAUGGCCAUUGCACGAAGCGCUGCGCUCAUGCGCCGGGAGCCCGGAGCGCAAUUGGCGUUGGUUUACCGGUAACCCGGCGAGCUUUGCUAGCCGGAUUCCUCGUCCUGUCUGGCUACUUCUUCGGAGCAUGGCGUCACGCCUGCACUGGCAGCCGUGACUCACGACUCCUAAAAGCGGUUGAAACCGUUAGUCCGGGCCCACCAUCGCCAGACCUCCCGGAUCCUGGAUCCAUCACCUCGCCCCGACAACCGCGCCCGCUGCUAGAGUUACCCAGCAGCAGCCGAACGCUGCGCUUUCCCGUUUGCAACGGCUUUGCUAAUCAGCGCCUUUCAAUGGUGUACGGCAUUAUCCUUGCAAAGCGCUUGGGCCGGGCUGCAGUGCUGCCGGUGCUCGUCGAUAACGGCCUGCAGCGCACUGAUAGCAAUGUGCUGGUCAGCGAUAGCAACAAGAUUGCAUUUGAGGAAAUGUACGAUUUACCGUACUUCAAUAAAACGAUGACUAAUGCGGGCGUGCGGUUGCUGCUGCCCUCGGAGGCUCCCCCGGCUUCCUCCUACACCACCGUACAGCUAUCCAGCAUGCACGGCAGGGCGGUCGACACGCUAACUAAAAUGUACGGCAGCAGGCCGCACUUGGCGGUUGAUUGUCCGCUGUUCAGGCUCUCAGGGCAGGAGCUGAGGCCGACGGAGGACGGCAACUUGGCGUGGGCUGUGCUGAGCGGGCUGCGACCUAGCAAGGAGGCAGCAGAGGUGGUGGAACACGUCACACGAGCCAUUAGCAACGUUGCCGCCGCCGCCGCACGUGACGCCUCCACAGUGCAGCAAGGCGACAGCGCAGUGCAACAGCAGCAGCAGCAGCGAAGUGCGGCGGGGAAAGCAGAAGCCAAACAGCUGCAGCAGCAGCCGUGGUUUAACUUCCUGCACCUGCGAAUUGAGAAUGACUGGUUGGAGCACUGCAAGCGCUGGGAGUCCAUCCGCGACGGCAUCGUGCGCGACAACUGCUACCGCCACACCGAGGAGCUGGGCACCCGGCUGCCGCUGUUCAACGUGAGCGCCCGCCUGCCGCUCUACGUGGCCAGCUACUGGGAGGACGUGACGCCGGAGCUGCGGGAGAAGAUGGUAGCUCGACUGGUCGCUGCGGGCUACCAGCUGGUCACCAGCAGCGAUGUCUUCCCCAACACCAGCACCAGCAGCCAGCAGCAGCGGCACCCUGGCGGGACAGCCAACGCAGCAGCAACAGCAACGGAUGCCGCUGCCGCUGCUGCAGCAACAGCAGCAGCAGCAGGCGGGCUGCUCGCCAGUCAUGGUCGCGAAUACCGGGCCAUGAUCGAGUACUUUGUCGGGAUGCGAGCGGAACGCUUCAUCGGCAACAGCGUCUCCACCUUCGCCGCCCUGGGCCUGCUGGAGCGCCGCCACGCCGGCCUCUGGGCCGCGCACUACAACGGCGGCAACAUCCCGCUGGCCUCCGUGCUGCCUGCGCUGCACCGCCUGCCCUGGGUGUUCACCUACAAUAGCUGGAGCCCGAGCUACGACUACCUGGCUAGGGCGGCGGUAAGGUCCGCCCUCGCCACCCGCUCUCUGCAGCCCUACUGCAUCUUCAGCGGCAACACCAGCAGUCCCAUCGCCACCUGGCUGGCGGGGCAGGGGGUCGCCCUCAUCUCGCACGAGCCCGUGUGGCGGGAGCGGCUGCUGGGCAUGGCGGGAAACAAGGCGCAGCGCAACGUGCACCACUCCCCCCUGUUCAAGUCCCCCGACGCGCUGGUGUCCACAUUCCAGCGCGUGGACCUGCCUGUCGUACCGCUGCUGGAUCAAUACACCCACGUGCUGUACACUGACGUGGACGUGUACUUCAGGAGGCCCAUAACACUGGACGACUUUGGCCUGCCGCUGCCCCGCUCCGUGUCCAUGUCGUACGAGAUGGACCGCAUGUUCCCCUUCAACGCGGGCGUCAUCGUGGCCAACCUGCCCACCAUGCGGCAGCGCUACAAGGAGUUCAUCCGCAUGAUGCUGGACAACACCAACGGACUGUACUACCCCAACUACGGACCCGCGGACCAGGGCAUUAUUAACAAGUUUUACGAGGUAGACUUGCGCGCCAACAUGCUGAGCCAGGCAUUCAAUGCCAAGCCCUACAGCGCCUUCGACCCCGCCGCCUUCAUCCUCCACUUCCACGGCCCCAAACCGCACGACUACGCCAGCUACCUGCGGGAUGGAAAGUGCGAGUUCCGAAACCUGUGUGAGAAAUCCUUGAAAACGGCGCUGUGCAAGUACGUAUCGGAGUGGCAGCAGUGGGUUCCUGAGGACCCGUCAGCGGUGCAGUUGAACCACACGUGCGCCAUGCUACGUAACCCGGUAUUCAAGAGGAUUGGGGGCGUCGUACAACAACGCCAGUUGCUUGGUAAUUCUGCACAUUAUUAGUUGUGUGACCGGCGCUGGACCACAUGACCCAUGGGUCGGUGAGUUGCAAGUGGCGGGCAGGUCAGCAGCACAGGAAGGGAAGGAAGCCACCGCAAGGGCGACAUGGGUACUGCAAACGAGAGGUCUCACCUUGCAUGGGGUUGUGUUCUUCUCAGUUUUGUCCGUUCUCGUCCAUUCCUGCUGGAGAUGGUUGCCUUCGUCGCACAGCCCCCGAGCGCCCGCCCCAUGCAGCAUGGAACCCAGAAGCUCCAGCCUGAUCCCGUCUUGGCGUGGCGAUCUGUGGCCGUCCCAUACAUAUGUCUGCAGGCUUCGCCGUAAGGAGUGGGAAAUCAAAGAGUUGGAGCUUGGGGUAAACAGCAUUGGUGCUCGAACAUGGCGGUCUGGAACAGGGGUUGCUUCCUGCCGCAACGGGGCCGGCCGCCUGAAGCGUUGUGCAUUUUUGAUAGUAAAGGAUGUUCUUGUUUGCUUGCCUCUGUUAAACGAUUGAGGAGACACAUUCUUUCAAUGCGGGGCUUACUCGGCACAUUUGGUGGUCGUAUGUAUGCACGGGUACCGGUAAUUGGGUAUGCUUCAAGGUGCAUGCAGGCAGUUGGGCAAGAGGCAAGAGGAGGAAGGUAACAAAGCGCAUGGCAGUUGGGUAGUGGUUGUGUUGGGUUGGGUUGUGUCGGGAUGGAAGGAUACAGAUGCUGCAAGAUGGAUACCGGUUGAUAGAGUGCCGAGCUCCAAUACAUCUCAUCAUUAAGCAAGACUCAGGAGCAGGCGGCAUGGCUAUGAUGCAGCCGGUCGGGGCAUGGCGGUAAAACAGGCCAGGCUUCCCUUGAAACACUGCCGCGGGAGAGGAGAAAGGAAAUGCCGGUGAUGCAUCACGGGGUUUGUGGGCGCACAUUUAUGUGUGGUGAUCUGUUCGGGUCCGUGGUACGUGCCGUACGUGCCAUAUGUGCCGUAUCACGACCACAUGUCACAUGCGCGUACACAACAUUUCCUUGCUUAGCUUGGUUGCAACAGGACUCGUGAGGGCUGGUGACAUCACAGACGCACAAUCACUAGUCCCGGCAUCCACAACACUCUUUGCCGUACGCUGUUAUGUGGCGUGUCGUAUCCUGGUGCAGUGAUCCUUACCGUAAGUAUCGUCACGAGAGUUCAAUACUUAUGCCAUGCACGCGAAACCUUGUGCAUUGAGGACUGUAGUUGGUUAUUUGGAUAAUGAUGUACGGCACCGUGUGGUGAAAUGCUAACCUCUAUUCUUGCGGCGGCACCUGCGCACCCGACACAAGCAUGCUAACAUGUAUUGCGGGUAGCUGCUGCGGCGCGGUUAGGCGUGCGGAAUGCGAGAGGCCGCUCGUUAUCCAUGUUGACAGUUCAAGGAACACAAUGAAGUUGUCAACGCUUGUCAUAGCCUGCCGUUGUGUUUGGUUACGCCACGUAGAAGCUUGUCGUACCUCGCACCGUAUCGCAUUAUAUCGAGGAAAUGGAACGUGUUUGGCUGUGGGAUGGCGUCGUUAUUCUGAACAACAUGCAUGCCCCUGGGCGAUUGGAGCCAAGCUGGUCGGUUAGUUUGGUCAAAACAGGUUGGUACUUUCCAUCGAUGUAUGCGCAAAACUGUUCAUAGGUGGAUUCGCUUAUGCAGUAGUGACCUCGGCAAGGUUCUUUUGUGGGACUGUGGUAUGGGCCUGCUGCCCAUGUCGGCCCAUGUCCGUUCAUGCUGCUCAGACUCGUUUGAUACCGGUAGUUAGCUCCAAGACUCAGCCGCGAUAUAUAUGAACGUGCCGAUUUGCAACAGCUUAAGUGCUGCUGCCAGCGCUACUGUGAUGCCCUUUAUUUCAUGGCACCAUGUCGCUGGUCCUCGUGUGGUUAUCUUACUCGCAGAUAUACC